UCUGAUCUUCACAAUGGGCCGGGUUUAGCCAAUUUCUUGGCGUUAUGGGGUAGUCAUAGGGCCUAUACCCAUAUCAUUGCCAGGCUCUCUUCUCCAGCCUAUGACCAGUGGCGUAGCCAGUAUUUUUCCAGUGGGAAGUCCCGGGGGGGGGGGGCACCAGCAAGUGAGAGACUUGUGGUACUUGGUGCGCUACAUAUGUCGCAGGCGACUCAUAUACCUUAAUUAUUAAAGAUAUAAUUAGGCAAUGAAAUUGGUUCCCUGAUGCGGUUAAAAGACCGGUAUCCUUGGUGAAAAUAUACUGUGUCACUUCUACGCCAAGGUCGAGCUGUAGUACGUCCAUACACUUGACUGACUAGUUUCCGACUAUUUCAGUGGAGAAGUUGGAAAUACCUGGCCUGUCACUGAAUGCUGGAGGCAAGCAAAUGGGUAAUAGUUUCUUCUCUAUAUCGGAGAUUCUGCUGUGCUGCAUCCAGUAUGCUUACUGCGAUCUUACAGCCCUUCCGCUUGUCAACAAGCAAGCAUGGCAGAGCACUAGCGGAGGGCCCGCUGGGAGGGCGAUUAACAAUUCCUACCAAACGUUCCAAUACACUGACACUGGGGACCCUCAUCCGUGGUGGAUUGUCGAUUUAGAUGGGGAACACUGCUUGGGCAGAGUUACUGUCACACUUCGGACAGGAUGCUGCGGCCAGCACCGCUUUACCGGCGCAUUAGUCCGGGCAGGACUGAACAUGAAUGUGACCAAUGAUCCAAGCCCACCAUGCGGCUCCCCAGCCUUCAGGAAUCAGUCCUCGGACGGGGCAACCAACAAAUUCCUGUGCGAUCCGCCGCGAAUGGCCCGCUAUGUUAGCCUGGAUAUAAACAUCUCUCGUCCAGGUGUGACGGCCAGCAACGCUUAUCUGCAACUGGCAGAGGUCAAUUUGGAGGAAUACACGUCUGGAGAGUGUGAUGCGCCGAAAAUCGGAAAGUCCUGA